GGGAAUCCAUAUUAAAAACCUAGGUAGGGAGCGUGAAGGACUCCACGAAUUCCGUUUGGAGGCAUCUUUGAGCUCGCCGAGUAAGCAUCAUGAGCAAAGCUCACCCUCCCGAGUUGAAAAAAUUUAUGGACAAGAAAUUAUCAUUGAAAUUAAAUGGUGGCAGACAUGUCCAAGGAAUAUUGCGGGGGUUCGAUCCCUUUAUGAAUCUUGUAAUAGAUGAAUGUGUGGAGAUGGCAACCAGUGGGCAACAGAACAAUAUUGGAAUGGUGGUAAUUCGAGGAAAAAGUAUCAUCAUGUUAGAAGCCUUGGAACGAGUAUAAACAAUGGGUGUGUUCACCAGAAGAAACCAACUGCUUCCACGUGUCCCCUUCAUAGCACCAGUUUUACUACAAUAUAAAAAUCAGGUCAUGCAUUUUCAUAUUGAACUUUUUUGUUAAAUAAACUUUUUUAAUAGUCAAAAAA